CUUUAUCGUAAUGAUGAUAUGAAUGAAGGUGUGACGGACGGAUCAACACUUCCUUAUCCAUCUGUCCAUCCAGCCACCCACUACGCGACGCAGCUUCCGUCACUCUCACCGUCAGUCGACUCGACUCAAGCAACCAGUGACCAACAAACAAACAAAACCGCCGCCCAGCACGCAGCACGAGCAAACUUACAAACCAAGACAUAUUCACAGUGUCCCCCCCUCUCCCUCCCGCUCCCCUCCCCAUCACAAAAGGCAGCACAGCAGCCAGGCCAGCCACCUGAGCAAAGCUGACUCGACUCAGCAGAGGAGAGGAUAAUCCAUUCAUCCAGCGCAUAGGGCAUUAUUGGCCCUCUCUCUGUCUGUCUCUGUUGUGACAGUCAAUCGUUGGUGUGCUGUCUGCACCGUGCGCCAAGGCCAAAAUGCGCCCCUAUGGCGCCCUUGCCCUGCAGCCUGGCACCACACAGGUAGCAGAAGUUGGCGCGACACGCCCAGCAGCUGCACACACACACACACGCACACACAGAGAGAGAGAGAGAGAGACUGAUGGUCAUGUGCGGGUCUGUUCUCUUUGUUGUGUACACACAUGAUAUGGUUGUUGGCUCCUUGUUUCUGGUUGCGCGAGUGACACUGCGGGCACUGGCGUAUCCUCAGCAUCAUACCGGCGGCCCUGUGGCCCCGCCGAGGUCGUCGUGGCGCCCGCAGUCUCCCCUCCGGGCGGCCGUCGCCGUCGCCGUCGCCGUCGCCGUCAUCCUCAUCGUCAUCGUCGUCCAUCAGCUCCCAAUCCUGCGCCCACACACAGACAACGGUGUGGUGCAUUGUGCGGGUGCGUUGUGGGUGAGGUGGGUGAAUGCAUUGGCUAGACCUCAUCGUCGUCAUCUUCAUCGUCGUCGUCGUCUUCGAAUUGGGGGUGCCGACGGACGACGGGGCGGCCAAGGGGACCACUGACACAUACCAUCCAUCCAUCCAUGUCUGUGUGUCUGUCUGUCUGUCUGUGUGUCUGUCUGUUUGUGUACCGUGGGUGGUUGAGGCCUCUCAUCAUUCUGUUCCACCUCUCAAUCUCCUCCAUGUCAAAGAGGUUGCAGUUGGGAUUGUUGGCGAAGUGCUCGUACCUGCGCACACACAUCACAUGGAGAAGCGAAUAUAUGAACGACUCACCUCACCAACCACGCAGGCAGGGCACAGCAGAUAUCUAAUGCGUGUCUGCCUGGAUGUGUGGAUGUCUACCCGCUGAUUGGCUGGAGGCACUUCCAGCAGAAGUUGGUGUAGCACUGCUCGCACUUCUGAUGCAUGUCACACACGCGCGCGCGCGUGACAUAUUGGCCUCGUGUAUGUGUGUGUGUGUGUGUGUGUGUGAGUAGGCUGACCAUCUUGUUGCACCCCUCCGUCUUGUAAAUGGCCAUACCGCACGUCGGGCACUGAAUGAACACACACACACACAGGGUCGCAUAUUCAUCCGUUUCUCCCUCCCUCCCUCCCUCCCUCCGUCUCUCUCACCUGUCUGGCCUCCCUCUUAAUGGUCUUGAGGCUCUCGGCCUCUUGCUUUAAGUUCUGCUCACGACGAAGUACCUCCUCGCCAUACGCCUACACACACACACACACACACACACAUGGCAGAUGGGUGGACGCACGAGCAGGCCUUUUUCUGGCAGUAAGCCAGACCUUGUCGCCCUUAGAUCUGGCUUCGAGGACUUCGAGGAGCUGCUCGGGGUCCAGACAAGCAGUGCCGGGGUGCCAUUCGGCCCGGCAGAUGCCGCAAAAGGCGAACUGACCGCCAGACACACCACACGGAGAGAACGACCCGUGGCCACUGGCUCACAUGAUGCAAACAGGCAUGCUCUCUCUUACGUGGCACUUGGGGCAUCGCGCAAGGUGAUCUGCGUCCUCCAGCACCGCCUGAUGCAAUGCACCCACCUCACAUCAGUCGGUCAGUCACGCCCCUUCCCUCCCUCUCCCUCCCUCCCUCCCUCACCCACAUACCUACCGUGUUUUCGUUCCUGUGCGCUUCGCAUCUCGGGCAGUAGACCAGGUCGCCCAUGCCAUCCAAUGCCUUCUGCAGCGACAGCCGCUGCCACCUCUCAUACUCGUCUUCAUCCAGCAGGCGAUGCAGCACCUCGGGGUCAAUCGAACGGCCGCACGACGGCUCCGGGCAGCGCAGCAGAUUUAUGGCACCGUCCUGCAGUGCAGCACACACAGAGAUUGUGUGGGUGUGGGUGUGGGUGUGGGUGUGGGGCAGGGAGGGAGGGAGGGAGGGGGUGUGCUGACUUUGACGUGUGUCUUGACGAGGCCUGCGAGGCACUGAGUGCAGUAGGCGUGUCGGCAGCCGGGCAGUCGGUCCAUCCUCUCGCCAAGCAUCACGUCAAAGCAUAUCUGAUGGAUGGAUGGAUGGAUGGUCGACACUCUACGCCAUGCCGCUCCGCGUGUAUGCAUGCAUACCCACCAUACCAUGCAGGUGUGUUUGGUGGAACGGUACUCCACGUCUUCUCGAGAGGCGUCGUAUCGCAGCAGCUCCUCCACACACACGCCCACGUCUGCGCACUCCUGCAUCGCCCGGGGGUCGCCUGUGGUGUGGCCGUCGCCACCCUCCUCCCUUAACGGAGCGAUGACAAUCAGCCGCCCCAUCGAUAAAUAGCCCAUCGAAUCUGUGGACAAAAAACUGACCACCACACCACACCGCACCGAUCGAUCCAUCUCUCAUUCAUUCUCAUGACGCACCCACUCACUUUGCCCAAGUGAAGACGAUCGGGCUCCCAGGCCCCUCCUCCUCCCACAGCUGGUCCAGCCGUCUGCACAGCCUGCCGACGGCCCCCUUGUCGAUCCACAUGGCCGACAAAGUGAAGAAGGGCGACCUCCUCGAGGGGUAUGCGGGCGGCAUGACGAUGUGCAGGGAGAGGGGCGGGAGGAAACGGACGCGGCCGAUGGGGACGUCCUGCUGCUCUAUCCUGAGCCGGUCGGGGUGGUCCUCAUCUCCUGCGUAAUUGGGGUGGUGCUGGGCGGAGGGUUCCUCGAACCGAGCGAUGACGUCGAUCGCCUCGUCGGAUGGGGCGUCGGCCGACGAUGGCGCGUCGGGGAAGGUCACCUGCACAGGCAGACAGGCGAGUACAUGGCGGGAUGUGUGUGUGGGGGUGUCUGUGUGUCUGUGUCUGUGGCGGCCGCUCACUUCCACGUCUAGCUGGAAGACUCUAGGGCUCUUGUCAGUAGAUAUGGCUGCAGACACAUGACGCACACAGACAACAGACAGACACCAGGCACCGUCGAGUGAGCGUGGAGAUAGAUGAGUAGACAAGACAAUGACGCCCACCCAAUCCAAUCCACCUUUAAAAGCCUCCAUGUAGAUGCUUUCCAGUGCCAUAAUCUCAUCCUCCUGCGCCCUCUCGUUGGCCUCGCGCUCACCCUCGUCAAGCACGAUGUCCUCUCGCUCCUCAUUCUGCAGCUCAUCUGAUGGCGGUGGCUCAUCGGUGACAGGUAUUGGCUCAUCUGUCUUCUUGUCCUUGUGAGAGUCCUGCGGCAAUGCUGUCUUGCUCUUGGGCACCCACACAGUUUGCCUUUUGGCCAUCUCCUCCUCCUCCCUCC